AUGGCUCUGAAGCAGCAGCGUGUGUGUCUGCAGCAGCAGCAGCAGCAGCAGCAGCAGCAGCAACAGCGUCUCCCUCGAGCUGCUGCUGCCACUGUUACACAUAGCAGCAGCAACAGCAGCAGCAGCAGCAGCAGCAGCAGCACUCAGGGAGGUGUCUAUACACCUCACCGCGCCUGCAACUCCCCGAGCUCUCCGCUGUGGCCACCAGAACCACACGGACCUUCAGCAGCAGCAGUGCAGCAGCAGCAGCAGCAGCAGCAGCAGCAGCAACAGCAGCAGCAGCAGCAGCAGCAGGUGCUGCUACAGAGCAUAGCAUUCGGGGAGCAGCACUAA